GCUGAGGUGUGACCCCAUGAUGACCUUCAGUAGGGUCUCCGUCCUGCUGACCGUCCUGGCUUUUGUGGCUCUCAGCCAAGGAUCCAGGAGUGAGUCAGACCGGGGCAGGAGGGUGGCUGCCAACCCAUUCACUGACUCACAGACAACAGGUUUGACAGAGUGGACGUCUUGGUUUAAUAUCGACCAUCCUGGGGGGAAUGGAGACUACGAGCGCCUGGAGGCAAUCCGCUUCUAUUACAGGGAGAGAGUGUGCGCACGGCCAACAGCCAUGGAGGUUCGAACCACAGAGUGGGUGGCAGCUAAAGACACCGGGGAAGUGGUCCACUCCAGUCUGGACAAGGGCUUCUGGUGCAUCAACAAAGAGCAGCCGCUAGGACGCAUCUGCUCCAACUACUACGUUCGCUUUCAGUGUCCACCAGUGCAGAGUUAUUGGAGCGACUGGAGUGAAUGGGGUCACUGUUCCGCGACCACUUGUGAUGAUGUAGGUAUCCAAGUUCGCCAGAGGAAGUGUGUCAGUACCCAGCCAAUGCCUCUCCUUCUGGUGCCAGCGUGCCAGGGACACCAUUCAGAGAGGAGGGAGUGCUCCUCUCCUCCAUGUACAGCCAAGUGGAGUCCUUGGGGCCGGUGGGGGGUGUGUUCAGCUACCUGUGGUGGAGGUCGCAGGAUUAGGAGGAGGACCUGUGUGAGGACCUCAGUGACAGUGCAAUGUAAAGGACGGUCCCAGGAAGUACAAAAGUGUGGGAAGAGCCCAUGUCCAGUUAAAUGUCAGUACGUGUGCCCUGAGGGUCACCCCAGUGAGGACUGCAGCCACUGCAUGUGUGAUGGCCAUGUGUUGCACGGAGAGGUCCAUAGUGUUUCUGGUGUUCCUGUGGACGGGGCUACUGUGUCACUGACCGACCAGCCAAAGGUGGUCCGGGCCCGUACUGAUUCCAAGGGUCAGUUCAGAAUCCUGGGAUUCUGCUCUUCCAGCUCAAUGAUGGUGGUCAUCAAGAAGGAGAAGUUCGUCCCGGCCACUGUCUCCCCUUAGUAACAACAUCUUAGUAACAACACAGGAGUUUCCUGGGUUCAACUCUUACUUAAAUCUGCAGCAAAGCCACACAUUGUGAAACACCCAGAGGACAAAGUACGUUACGAAGGAGGACGAGUGCAGUUUUGCUGCAAGGCAGUGGGAUCGCCUGUACCUGACAAAUACUACUGGUACCACAAUGGGACACUACUGGACAGGAAAGUGUACAAGUAUGAAGAGGACCUGGUACUGAGGGACCUAAAGCCAGAGCAGUCAGGAGAUUACUACUGCAAAGCCAACAGCCCUGCUGGCAACAUCAAAUCCACCCCUGCCUCCCUCACUGUAAUACCUAAAGGACAGCCAUCUUGCAACUCCACCCCUGAAAUGCAUCUCAUCAGACUGCCGCUUGACUGCGUUCAACCCGGGACCAACUCCAAGUACUACAACGCCGGCCGCUGCCCUCACAACAAAUGUGCUGGCUCACUAGACUUUGAUACACGCUGCGGAGAUGACGCCAGGUUCUGCUGCGGAGUUCAGAGUAUGGAAAGUCAAACCAUUGACUGUGGGAGUUACAGCCUUCCCAUUAAGGCUGUGACGGUGUGUGGCUGUCAGAAAUGUGUGCAGCCAACAGUGCUGGUUAGAGGCAGAGUGGUCACAGCUGACACUGGAGAACCUUUGCGCUUCGGCCACAUUUAUAUAGGUAAAGAGAGGGUGGGCACCACGGGAUUCCAGGGCAGCUUCACAUUGCAAGUUCCACCUGACACACAGAGAUUAGUGGUGAACUUUGUUGACCCCAGUCAGUUGUUUCUUGACACACCCAAAGUUUUCAUCCUGGACAAGAAAACUGGGUCCAUCUAUCAUGAUGUGAAGGUGAUGAGAAAGCAGAAACCCAUUGACAUCGAUGCGGGACAAACCAACACCAUUGACCUCGGAGAAAUUGAAGGAGAAGACCCAAUAGGACAGUUGGUUAUUCCACCCAAUUCCUUCCAUAAAGACAGUGGAGAAAUCUACGAGGGGACCGUGAAAGCUAGUGUCACAUUCAUUGACCCUAGAAACAUCACCACUGCUGCUGCCGCUCCUGGUGAUCUUAAUUUUGUGGAUGAUGAGGGUGACAUGCUCCCUCUGAGGACCUAUGGUAUGUUCUCAGUAGACUUCAGGGAUGAAGCCAAUAAGGAAAUACUUGGAGCAGGGGGUGUUCAAGUCCUCCUCGAUACACAGCAUGUCAAAAUGGAAGAACACGUGCCCCAAAUGAAACUGUGGUCUUUGAACCCAGACACAGGGGUCUGGGAGGAGGAGGGUGAUUUUUCAUACACCAAAACCACGACCGGUGGACGCAGCAAACGAGAGGAGCGCACUUUUCUCAUAGGCAACAUGGAGAUAAGAGAACGCAGACUCUUUAACCUCGAUGUACCUGAAAACAGACGCUGCUUUGUCAAAGUUCGGGCCUACAUGAGUGACAAAUUUCUUCCCAGCGAACAGCUGGAAGGGGUUGUCAUCAGCUUGAUAAACCUGGAGCCAAAACCUGGAUACUCAUCGAAUCCUAGGGCAUGGGGUCGUUUUGACAGUGUCCUAACUGGUCCCAACGGCGCCUGUUUACCAGCCUUCUGUGACGCCCUUAGGCCGGAUGCCUACACUGCAUAUGUUACUGCCAUGAUGGGUGGGGAAGAACUUGAGGCAGCUCCAUCCACCCCUAAGAUGAAUCCAAACAUAAUCGGAGUCUCGCAGCCAUAUCUGGAUAAAAUAGACUACCAACGUUCAGACCAUGAUGAUUCAGCUCUGAAAAAAACAGCCUUCAGAAUUAACUUGCCUAAGCCAAACCAGAACAAUUUCGAUGAGACCAAUGGGCCGAUAUAUGCUUAUCGGAAUAUGAUAGAUUGCGAGAGUGCCCCUGUUGAUGCAAACCAUUUCAGAUUCUUCAGAGUAGAAAAGGACAAGUAUGAAUACAAUGUUGUUCCUUUUGAAGAAAGACGACUACCUCUCCUGGUGGCCAAAUCCCCAGGAAUUGAUUUAACAACCUGGACAGGGGACUAUCUCUCCUGGUGGCCAAAUCCCCAGGAAUUCAGGGCGUGCUUCAUUAAGGUUAAGAUCCAUGGGCAGAAGGAAGAAGUGAUGGUGAGGUCAAGAAACCUGGGAGGAACCCACAGAGAAACAAAAGGCAAACUCUAUGGAAUUAGAGACAUCCGCAGCACACGGGACAUGAGAGAAGCCAACGCAUCUGCAGCCUGUGUAGAGUUCAAAUGCAGCGGCAUGCUCUUUGACCAAGCCGAGGUGGACAGGUCCCUCAUAUCUGUCCUCCCGCAGGGAAACUGUCGCAGGGUUGGCACCAACAACCUCCUACACGAGUAUCUUAUUAAACAUCCACCAGUCAUUCCAAAUAACGAGUCCCACGCGUUCACCAUGUUGGCUCCCGUCGACCCCCUCGGACACAACUAUGGCAUCUACACCGUGACAGACCAAAAUCCAAGAGUCGCGAAGGAGAUCGCAAUUGGGCGCUGCUUCGAUGGGACCUCAGAUGGGUUUUCGAGAGAGAUGAAGUCAGAUACGGGAGUGGCACUAACCUUUAGCUGUCCUGAGAGGAAAAUCAGCAGGGAAAGCCUUUUUCAGCGCCUGCAGACCAACCCAGGUCAAACACUGUCGCAAAUGGCAAGAGACAUGAGGGAGUCACGAGGUCUACAGAUGCAGAGGUCUUCCACCCAGGUGGUGGUCUAUCCAUCGGAGCAGCAGAGCAGCACCCAAACUCGCAGAAUCAGCUCCACGACCAGAAGGAGAAUGUCCACGCGCGCUCAACUGCGUCAAUAGAAAUACAAUGAAGUAAGUACAGAUCGAUAGCAGAAUGACGUAUAUGUUUUCUUUUUCUUUAUCAUUUACAGGCAUUGAUUUGAGUUUGAAAUGAUGACACUGACUGGCGGAUGUACGUUUUGCCUGUUGCUGAGAACGCACUUCUUGACAAUAGAAAUCAAAAACCAUGGCAGACAUUAAUUAAAUGUAUACAGUAAUAAUUGAAACAGUCUGUAUUUUACUUGAACAGUUUUAUAUAUCUCAUCUAAAAAAACACAAGUAAUUGUGUUUGGCUAACAGAGUAUUUAAAUGUAACAGUUGGAGUUCUAGUUUUGUGGCAUUCCACUUUAAUCAUUGUGUUUGUUUUUACUGACAUAUUUUUCUACUUAACGCCCUACAAUAUUGGCCCCAAAUGUAGCAUUAUCAGCCAUUUAACAAAUUAUUUCCGAUUUAGAGUGUUUCAUGUACUGUUAUAUAUAAUGUAAAGCACACUUGAAGGAGACACAGGCUUGGCUUUUCUUUUCCUUCCCCGAAACACAUCAUUGUCAACUCUGUCAAUGCUGAUCUACUGCAUAUAAUACAAAAUAACACAUUUCCCUCAGUGACUAAUCAACGUAGUGUCACGUUCUAGUUUAGUUGGACGUACAACAAUUAUGGAUUUGCGUUCAUAGAGCGUGCUAAUCCAUGUGAGGUCAAGGCAUUCGAAAAACAGAUUUUACAGUGUGGACUUUUUUUUACAUUUCCAUGAAUCCCCCACAGUCCACGUGAUUCAAAUGUUUAUAAUUUGUGCAGCAGAGUAACAUUUUUACCGUCAGCAAACAAUACGAUUAGUGGGAGUUAAAACUCUCUGUGGAGUCUUCUCCUCAUUAUGAAGAUCCCUGCAUGAUUGCUACACAUGGAAGUGAUAAUUAGGGAGAGCUGUUAUUAACCAUGUUUCCAUAAAUGAGAUCACUGACAGUAAACAAAACAAAAAAAAAUUCUUUAACCAAAAUCUUUUGGUUAAAACGUGCCUUUAUUUAAGUCAGUAAAAGACAUAAACUUCUUUAUAAUGAUUAAAACCUCUGGCUGCUUAUCUGCAAAAUGUGUUGUUAAUGACCAAUGGGGCGAACCCUUCAAGCUGAAAUAAUCCAAAACAUAAUUUUGAGAGAGGCCAGGAGUGGCAGACAUGUGAAUUAACAUCUGCUGUUAAUUAAGAAAUAAAUAACAUCUUCUCUUGAGAACUAAGGUGUUUUCCCCUGACAUUUAAAAACAACAAAACAAUAAUAACUUUAACUGGUCAAUAGGAUCAUGGUCAUGUAUAUAUAUAUAUAUAUAUAUAUAUAUCCAUCAGCCGUGAGUGCAGUAAAAUGUGUUUUCACCUUGAACGAAGCCUUUCUGUUCCUAAUUUAAAAAGAGUUUAUUCAGUUGCUGCAAUGUGCCAGUGUGAAGUUGUGGAAAUGUAAAACAAUCCUUCACUUGUCUGAACAAUCUCUUUCCAUUAUGUAAUAGAUAAUGAGCAGGCGGCUCACAGAGCAAAACAACAAAAUAAAGAGUGACAGCUGCAGAAUACCUGUUGUAUUAUGUCUGACUUUGAUAACCACAGGCCUGCGGACCAUCAACUGGAUGAACAGUUUGAAUCACAAAAAAAAAAACCUCCAAAAAA